AUAAAAAUGGCCGACAUGCACCGUUCCGCGCAGACAUUUCUCAGAUUGCUUCAAUGAUGGUGUUUUACUUUGCACUCCUGAUGGAGGCUGCAGGAGAGUCACUUAGUGAGGACAGACUGUAGCAGGAGGAUAGACCGGCUGGAUAGUGCACUGCAGACACGACUAGCACGGUGAGCAGCUGCUGAAGAAGAUCGAGGAGGGCCUCACAUGCUGGUGGAUUUAGGAGGCAGUAAAGCUCUAUUGGAUGGACGUGACCCCCUGUGCGCAUCCUCGCCACGACGAACUGCAAUCCUGCUGCAGGAUAUCCACAGCGUAUUCGCCACGUGUCGCCGUACCCGAAGACGGUUGUGUAAAUCUGUCCCCACCGUAGGGUGUUGGGCAGGUAGUCAGUACACUACGCCCCUCCUCCUCCGGUCGCGCCCAUGAUGACCACCGAGCACGAGAUCCAGUUCUGGCUGCUGUUACUCGGCUACGUCGUUUCCAGGCGGAAGAAGCGGAAAAGAGAGACGGUCCGGAAUUACUGGGUGCACCCCCUCACCAGCCAGCGCUUCUCCAAGGGGCAGUUUCACCUCCGCUAUGGAGAUUUGCGCAAAUGCCCCAAAAAGUUUUUCGAUUAUUUUAGGAUGUCAAUGGGAACGUUCGAUGAACUGCUGGAGAACCUGAGACCGUCCCUCAUCCGGAGCGACACCAAGAUGCGGCUGGCGAUAUCCCCGGAGGAGCGGCUCUGCGUGACCAUUAAGUACCUGGCCACAGGCCAUAGCUUUACAUCUCUUCACUUCCGAUUCCUCAUUGGAAAAGCCACGAUCCGGUUGAUUGUCCGGGAGACCUGCAGAGCAAUCUGUGAUGCCCUGCUCAAUGUUCUCAUGCCGGAGCUGACUGCCGAAACCUGGCAGAAAAUAGCUGACGACUUCCAGGCCACCACCAGCUUCCCGAAUUGCGUCGGGGCCUUAGAUGCCAAAGACAUUAGGAUGAAGAUGCCGCCCAACAGCGGAGUCAAGCACUGGGACACAAGCCGACACUCCAUUGUCCUGCUGGCUUUAGUGGACAGCAGUUACAAGUUCAUUGCCAUAGAUGUUGGAGCCUAUGGGACUACUGGGUGCUGUAGCAUUUUUAAGAAGUCCAAUCUAGGGCGUAAGCUGAAAGAAGACAGAUUACAUUUGCCUACGUAUAAGCCAUUGCUGGGCACAAGCGGGCCACCCAUGCCAUACGUUUUUGUUGCAGACGAAGCGUUUGGGCUCACCAAGAACAUUUUGAGACCCUACCCCAAUAGGAACAUCACUCCAGUCCAGAAGGUGUUUAAUUACAGGCUGAUCCGGGCAAGGCGAGCCAUAGACAGUGCGUUCGGCCUACUGGCCAACAAGUGGCGAGUCUUCUAUGCCCCAAUACAGCUGGAAGCUAACUUUGUGCAGGACAUUAUCAGGGCCGCCUGCGUUCUGCAUAACCUGGUGCUUUUAAGGGAUGGCUUUGUCUUCGAGGACAUCCUCAGUAACCCGCUACAUGACGUGGCAUGGAGCACGGUUCGAGGGCCUAUCCUCAGAGAGUCCUUUGCCAUGAAGGAGCCAUGUUGGACUUCCAGUGACCAGUAUAUGAGAGUGAGAGCGAUAACACCAAAUGUAACACACCUGCUCCCCAUUCACACCUGAGAUCUUGUAACAUUAACGAGUCACAUGACACCGGGGAGGGAAAUUCGCUAAUUGGACAUAAUUUGGCCAUUUUCACUUAGGGGUGCACUCACUUUUGUUGUCAGCGGUUUAGACAUUAAUGGCUGUGUGUGGAGUUAUUUGGAGGGCACGCCCAAUUUACAUUGUUAUACAAGCCGCACACUGACUGCUUUACAUGGUCAGGAUAUGUAAAUGCAGAUGAACAGGACAGUUGCCCUUGGAGAAGAAAAGCCUAGUUGUAAGGCGAACUUGACAAGACACACGUCCGCUAUGUAGCAGAGCGGCCAUUGAGCUGAAUGGCGUCGCAGCGCAAUACACAAGUUGCCUAGCAACUACAGCCUUUCAUACAAGGUUGUCGGGAAACAUGUCCAUAGCAACCAGCCUCAGAUUACUCAUACCUUUAGCUCACGGUCAGUUUACAUAAGUAGUCUGAGACUGGUUGCUAUGGAUGUGUUGCCUGACAACCUUAAAGGGCAGUCAACGGGCUAAGAGGAUUGGCAGGACGCUUGACAACUAAUAUAUGACUGCCGUCAGCCAUCAGAGGGUUCUCACCCAGCUUUCCUUGACUUCCGAUUCAUUAAUUUUCAGAGUUAUGUAUCAGCAUGGCAGAUGUGCAGGAAAAAUGAAAUGACUUCCCAUAUGUGAAUUGCUGUGGCAGCCAUAUUGGUUGUAACCCAGCUACAGAUUAAAGUAAAAAUGUGUACA